AUGGCAGACGUGGAGCAGGAGGCACCCUUGGUGGCAGGUGAAUGGAUGGCAAGCAAGAGCACCAGCCGCCGUGGCAUGGUGAUUGCCAGCGCUGUGACUCUUCUGUUGGCAUCUAGCUUGUCAGUCACGGCUGGAUAUGUCUACUUGCAUCGCGAGCAAUUCAAAGCCGUCACGAAUGCACAUGGGCCAAGCAUGGAAGAGCAUUCCAAGCUGCCAUUCCCAGACAAGCGUGAUAUUCAGGACCUCCUCAAUGUCUUUCAGGACAUGUUUCCAGAUGGAAGUGUCUUCAAGGAGGUCAAGUAUCUGGACAUUGACAACUCCGAUCCCAGCAAUAUCAAGUCCAAGCCCAAACAUGUGGUGCACCCCAACGUGACCAUGCAGAAGCUCCGAAUGCUUCAAGAGGAAACUCCUGUGAUGGACCUGAGCUACAUGCAGCAAUUGAACAUUGGCAUGUGUGCCAUUGAUGCCUACCAGUCUGCUUUGACGAUUGGUCAGAUUGCUACGAAUAUUCACGCCUUGGUCGAUGCUUGCAAGUCGCCUUAUCCACAAAACCCCGAGCAACAGGACUUCUGUGGCGGGUUGGUCUCUCUGAAUUUGGCACUUUGGGGAUAUUUGGCUUGCUUCAUUGAGGACAUGGUCUCCUCCUGCGGCCCAGAGUUCAAUCUCAAUGCUGGCUGUUCUCUUGAUGUAACUGGCUUGUUGACGAACUCCUUCUUGGCCGCCUCCGCCGGCGCAGGGAUGAAGCAAAACUGUUUGCCACCUGGUGGCUACAAAGAAACCACUCCUCCUCCGAUUACAGCAGAUCCGGCACUUCGGCGCGACUUCACUAAGAAAGAGCUUGCCCUUCUCAAGAAAAUUGUGGAAAAACUCCGGGAGAGCGAAGCGUUCCAAGCAACGCAAAGCCGGGACCGUCAGAAGCGGAACUUCGCCAUUGGCGCUGGAACCCGGCGCCUGGAGGAGUUCACGGAACUGCCUGGGGCGCCCUUUGAGAAGCAGAAGGCCGAUUUGGAGUCGGAUGCCGAGUACCUGAAGAAGAGGGCCAACGAGCUGCUGCAGAAGAUCGGAGGCCAAAAUGGAGACGAGGAGAUCGAAGAGCCAACUCCUGAAGUUUGA